UUAAAUAAUCAUCAUCAACAACGUGGUCAAUCAUUAGCAUUCAAUUAUCCAGUAUCGAAUAAUAAUGGUUAUAAUAAUAAUAAUAAUUAUCAUAAUCAUCUUCAGGCACCAUUAAUAUCACCACCAAUUUAUGAUCCAAAACGUCCAUCACCAUUAUCAAAUAUUACUGGUGGUGGUGUUAGUGAUUUUAAUCAUUGGUCACAUCCAUUACCAUCAUCAUCAUAUCGUAAUAAUAAUGAUCAUCAUCAUCGUGGCCUUAGUACAUUUGCACAUAAAUUACAUCGUAUAACAUUUGUUGAAGCUUGUAUAUUUCAACCACCUGAUUUACCAUCACCAGUACGUGCCAUAGGUGGUGGUGCAGGUGCAGGUGCGGGUGGUCAACGUUCACAGCCACCACCACCAUUAUCAUUACAGCAACAACAACAACAACCGGCAGCACCUACAUUACCAAUGAUAUUACAACAAGGUGAACGUUCACCAACAUCAACCGGUGGUACACAAUAUUAUCAAGAAUGGACAUCAAAACAUAUGCGUCAUUUAUGUUCACGUUUUGAAAAACCAAAUCAACAACAAUUAUUAAUGAAUGUUGAACGUAAAUCAAAAUAUCCAUUUAUAAUACUUUGUACACCUGAACAAACAACAACAAUGUCACAAUCAUUAUUAUUAUCAAAAUCAUCAUCAUCAUCAUGUUCAUCAUCAACAGCAACAACAACUGGUACAACAACAAUAAAAACAUCAAACACCGGUAAUCGUUAUCAUCGUGAAUUAAGUCAUAAUUCUGCAUAUAAUUUUAAUGAUAAUGAUAAUGAUGAUCUUAUUGGUGGUAAUGAUUUAGCCGAUGAUUUAGGAGAUGAUGAUUGUUUGGAUGAUGAUGAUGAUCAACGAUUAAUGGGUGGUGGUGGUGGUGGUGGUGGCAGGGAUGAUCAUGAACAUUGGAUUACACAAAAACAACGUGAUAGUGUUAAUAGUCAUUAUUUACCACCACCACCACCACCAUUAUUAAUGCCACAUAUAUGGCCUGAAAUACGUUAUAUUGAUGGUCUUUAUACUGUUUGUGCAUCAAUUGUAAGACCUGGUUCAGGUGUACCAUGUGAAUUUGAUGAAUAUUUUUAUUCCGAUAUUAAUAAUACACCAUUAUUUGAUCAAAAUCAUCAUCAACAACAACAAGGAAAACAUAUUUCAUUUCAAGAUAUGGCAGCCAAACAAUCAUCAUCAUCAUCAUCAUCAACGACAACAACAGCAAAUCAUCAAAAUCAUGAUAUGAAACAUCCAUUAUCACGUCCAGCUGGUUAUAUUGUAUCAGCAUUUGCAACAUUUCCCGGUGAAGAUAGUGAUCGUUUAGAAAAAAAUUGGUUAUUUUGGACUGGUGCAAGAAUAUUAUAUAAAUAUCUACCAACAUGUGUUGGUCUACGUCGUUUAAUAUUUUUAAAACGUUGUCCAGAUAUGUAUCGUGAAGAUUUAAUGAUUAAUCAUCAUCAACAAAGUAAAAUAAAACCAACAAUAUUUACUGGUUUUACAUAUGUUUUAUUAUGUGAAUGUUUUAAUUUAAAAGAAUCAUAUAUUGCAUCUGUUUGUACAACAAUUGAUCAAUUACGUGCACGUUGUUGUGGUUAUUCAGCAUUAUAUUUAACACAUUUUCAACAGAAAAUACAACAACAACAACAACAAUAUCAUCAUCCUCAACAACAACAACAACAACAAUAUCACCACUAUCCACAACAACAACAAUUCCAUCCGCAUCAUCUUCAGCAACAACAGCAGCAUCCACAUUAUUCACAGCAUCAUCAUCAUCAAAUACCAAGACAUCAUCGUAGUACAAGUGAUUUUAAUGAAUAUAAUGGUGAUUGAAUUGAUCAAAUGAUUUCCAGAAAUUGGUUUCAAAAUUUUUUAGUUUUAUUUUCAAAUUUAACAAUGUUUUUGAAAUUUGUUU